AUGGGACUGUUCUAUUACCCGUCCAAGCAAGGACCGGGCAAACCCAAGGUGUAUCAAGGUGUUCGAGUAAAGAUUACUGUGAAAGAGUUAUUGCAGCAGAGGAGAGCACGACAAGCAGCAACUGAUGCUACUGUUUCCCGAGGCAGCAGUGUCCAGUUGCCAGAAUCUGUUUCUCCUCCCUGCAUAGCACCUUAUUUUGAUGCAGAACCUGUCUCUUCUGCCCCCAACUAUUUCCAGCCACGGCAGUUUCCAAAUUGCAUUUCCUGUGAAGAAAACCCAAGUUAUUUGGAGCAACUGGUUGAUACCUAUCUUCAGACAGAGCCGUCUAUGGACCCAUCCCUGAGUGCUCUACAGACUUCUACCCACUAUAACCCAGACACCUUCCAGUCAACCCCUCUCUGCUUUAACCAGAGUCUGGUUCCUGGAUCUCCUGCCUCGUCUGAUCUGUCCAGCCCAUUAGACUUUAGCUACUCCCCACCUCAGUUGCCUCCUUUUGCUCCACUGGACUUCAGCUCUCUUUGUCCUCUAGACACCACGAACUAUGGCUAUCCUCUCGAGGAGUGCUCCCACCCACAGUACAGCUGCUCCCCCUCUGCCUGCUGCUGCUCAUCCUGUACCUCAGAGCACUUGGAUACAUUCAGAGUAUCAGAGUAUUUCCCUUAUCCAAGUGCAGACUGUAUGGACUAUCCUGGCACCUUGACAAUGGCAGAUGAUUUCUUUAGAAGGGAUAGAAACUAUGACAUCUGUUACAGUUAAUGGAGAUGGUUUUAUAUAUGUACAUAUGUACAGGUAUCCAAAUCAGCUAACUGCCUAUGAACUAUGCAAAACAUCACUGUCUACUCUACACUACUUCACCUUGUAUGCUCCAGGUGUUAAUUUAGUCCUCAUGGGUAACAAUGUUUUAAGACUCACAGCAUUGCUCUAGUUGUCUGUCCUGUACUUCAUAA